AUGGUGACAAUCAAGGGGUUGGAGAUUGAACUUGUGAAAAUCUUGAAUACUUUCACAACAAUUGAUUUAUCAAGCAAUAAAUUCCAAGGAGAGAUUCCAGAGUCUAUUGGAAAUCUUAAUUCACUUCGAGAGCUCAAUUUGUCUCACAACAACCUUGUUGGACAUAUCCCAUCAUCUUUUGGGAAUUUGAAGUUGCUUGAAUCAUUGGACCUCUCUUCAAACAAGCUCAUUGGGAGAAUUCCUCAAGAAUUGACAAGUUUAACAUUUCUUGAAGUUUUGAAUCUUUCUCAAAACCAUCUCACUGGAUUUAUACCUCGAGGAAAUCAGUUUGAGACAUUUGGAAAUGAUUCAUACAACGGGAACCUAGGGCUAUGUGGAUUUCCAUUGUCGAAGAAAUGUACAACUAAUGAAACACCAGAACCUUCAAAAGAAGCGGAUGCAGAGUUUGAAAGUGGAUUUGAUUGGAAAAUCACAUUGAUGGGAUAUGGAUGUGGAUUGGUAAUCGGGUUGUCUCUUGGGUGUUUCAUUUUCUUAACUGGGAAACCUGAAUGGUUUGUCUGUAUUAUUGAAGAGAAUUUGCACAAUAAGAGUAGAAGGUCUAAAAGGAGCACUCGUAGGCGAAGAGCAAGAAGAAACUAA